GCGAUCUGUCACAAAGUCCGUGACCUGUCUAAAUAUAGCUUCUCGGUCUCUCAUGUGCUUCAGCUUUCUUGACUGCGAUAAUAUUGAAUCCACACACACUCACAGACUUCACCUAAUCAUUUUCUGCCUAGCUCACUAGCAAGUUCUUCGCAGUCUGUAUCCAUUUUCUGAAUUUGAUCGAAUUUCUUCUGCGCUCGAAGAAUGACUUCGUUCGGAGCAAAAUUAGCGUUAUGCGUAACCCUUGGUGUUCCUCUCUACGCGCUCUUACGGCAGACGAUUCGCCGCUCUCGACGGCUUAGAGUUUUACCUAGAGCUAAAGAGAGAGUCUUGGUAUUAGGAGCAUCGAGUGGCAUUGGCCGCUCCGUGGCAGAACAAUAUGCGGCCCAGGGUGCACGCGUCUGUGUUGUGGGGCGAAGAGAGAACGAGAUUCAGGCCGUUGAAAAUGCGUGUCUGGAACUGCGGACCAAGCACCAUGCAGACAAUUCAGCACGACCGGCUAUAGGUCUCGUGGCAGACUUCUCAAACCCAGAAGAUAUGGUACGAGUACGCCAGGAAUUGGAGAAUGCUUGGCAAGGUGUUGAUACUGUCAUCGUUUGUGCUGGCGCAUCUGCACUUCGUCCUGUCAUGGAGAUCGCACGGGAGAAGUCUUCAGGAAAAGGCUAUCCGGCGACGGACGACGUCCAGCGCACAGUUGACGUUGCGAUUGCAGCCGAACGUGCCAACUACGUCGGGCCGCUUGUGUCUGCCGUCACCUUUAUACCGCUUCUUCAGUCAACGUCGGUGUCACCUUCUAUACUUCUGGUUUCGUCGCUCGGUGCGAUAGUACCUGCACCUACGCGAGCUAUCUACGGCUCGACCAAGUCAGCAGGGCUCUUGCUGUACCAAGCUCUCGCGAUUGAAAACCCUACCAUCAAAUUCUCCUUCAUGAUUCCCGCUACUGUAGAGGGCAACUUCCGUGCCUCUGCAGUAGAUGCAGGCACAGUGCGCGAAGCUGACCCAAACCAAUUUGGCUUGAAACGUGAAGAUGUCGCUCAAAGGUGUAUUCAAGCAGUUGAUUUCGAAGAGAAAGCCAUCUUCAUGCCAGGAUGGGGGAAAAUAACUCACUUGUUGUACUGGCUGUGGCCAAGCGCCAUAGAGAGGAUAGCAAUGAGAAAAUACAAUUUUACGCAUCAGUAGGAUCGAGAUGAUGCCAUAGAUAGCAAGGAAGUUGUGCACAUCAUAUAUAUUUUUCUGUGUACUGCUCUACAGUACUGUAAAUGCCUAAUCCGAAGGGAAGGCGUAAGGGUUUUCCAAAAAUUGCUGGAGGCCGAAGCCAACAGACGUGUUCGGAUGUGUAAUUUGCAAUCAG